UUGUCAUCUUUGUACCAGGUUGUUGGUUGUUUCACCCAUCAUGGCAUAUGUGCAUUUACAAAAGGAUGUUUGAGAGUGAAAACAAAACUUUGACAAGGGAAGGUGUUGCUCAAUUUCUGGAGAUUUAUGAAACAAAACGUCUUCCAAAUUCACCAGGAUUUUCAGAGUUUAUUAUUGGACCAUUAAUGGAUGCACUUUCAGAAAGUUCUCUCUAUGGCAGGUCACCAGGCCAGUUGAUAGGAGCUUGUCCUCCUUUAGGGAUGAAGUUACAGAAGUUUUUGUCUACUUACCUCACACUUCUUCCAGAAGAAGAAAGAAGUAGUUUCCUGUUAAAGUUUAUUCAGAAGAUGACAAGUAGGCACUGGUGUGCUGUUCCCAUUUUGUUUCUGUCUAUGGCACUGGCAUGCAUCCCAUCAUGUAAAGCAUUGGGUACAGAAGGACUUCAUGCUCUAAGAGAUGUCCUGCAGUGCACUAUGAUCACACAUCAAAUUUUAUUGCGGGGAGCUGCUCAGUGUUUUCUCCUCCAAACAGCUAUGCAUUUGACAGAUGUGGAGAAAGUGUCACUUCCAGAGAUUUCAAGUUUUCUCAUGUCUCUCAGACCAGAGGAGUCCUUAAGCAGAGGGACUAUACUAUGGAUGGAGCUUUGCGAUUGGCUGUAUACUCAUGACAGAUGCUUCAGAAAGUCCAUAAACCGCCAUGCUGAGCAUCAAGAAAGAUCUUCAUUAAGUGUAUAUGUACAUACUCUCGUGGAAGAUUACCUUAAGGCACCUGCAUCCAAAAGAGAAAACUGCUUUAUGCCUGACUGGUUUGAAGCUAAGCUUGUUGCUACAAUGAUUCUGCUGGCUGCAGAUGUGGAGGAGAUGAAGAAUAAACAAAGCAAAAAAAGCAACACUGAACGGGUUGAACUAAAGUCUUUCUUGCACCCUCUUCUGGAUGUCUUGUUGAAACUUGGCACUAAUGCUUACAUACCAACACUGAAAACCGAUAAAAGUCUACAGCUACUCUUGAAGCUAUUACAGACCUGUUUGUUAAAACAGUCCAGUCCACUAGAUGAAAGUAUACUGGAAUUUGUCCUCAGAAGACUCACUACAAGUGAAUUGAAUACUGUUUCAGAUCUGGAUCGUUGUAAUUUAUACUUAGCAUUAUUGUCAGAGCUGGUGAAUUUAUGCUCAAACGCUGGCUGGAAAAAGGGGCCCUCCAUUUGGAAUUUCAUCUCUUCUCUGAUAAAUGCCUCUAUUCAAAAUCUGCAGGAGACGGGCAAUGAACAGGAACCAAAGCUUGGAGAACAGAUUCAAAAAGUAGUUAGUAUGGCCUCACUAACUGUGGUUUGUGAGAUUAUUGAUCAGAAACCUGAACUGCAACUUAAAUCUCUACACGUUGUUGAAACCCUAAAAGAUUUUAUUUCCUCUGUUCAACUUAAUCAAGUAUUAAAGAAGCCUUCCUAUAUUGAGGAAAAAAAUAGUUUAUUUGAAGAAUCAACAUCUUCUCAAGGAUGGGGGAAAAUCGUUGCAAGCUAUGUACAUGACCAGUGGGUUUGCCUUCAUUUUAUUUUAAAUAAGUAUCAUAAAUUUAUACCAUUGUCAAAUGAUGAGACUCUGGAACUAUCUUUGCUUGCAGUCCAAAGGCCAAUAAGAACUCUACAGUCUGCACUGGAAGCUCUAACUCUUUUGCCUUCUGACCAGGUUUUACCUGUGUUUCGUUGCAUGAAAGUGCUUGUUCCCAAGCUUCUGGGCUCAUCCGAAUCUCUCUGCAUAGAUGCAUUUGAUCUGGCUUGGAAAGUUAUAUCCUCUUUGAGCAACACACAGCUAAUAUUUUGGUCUAAUUUAAAAGCCUUUGUUCAGUUUGUGUUUGACACUGAAGUUCUUGCUGUUGCUGCAAGUAGCAAGGGUCAAGCAUAUUCAAAAAUAAAGGAGAUCAUACUCAAGCUAGUUGAAAUGUCCACUGCAAGAACUGGAGUCUUCAAUGCAGUGCUUAGUUAUUGCUGUCAGUCAUGGUUAUUUCCUACGUCUGAUGACACAGGUGCUUUAGAGAAUCCCUUCUCAAAUGCUGGAAACUACAGUGAACUUAUCACAGAAGCCUGUGUCUUUGGAAUGGUAUUUAGGCGAGAUCAAAGACUCAUUCAGGAUGUCCAUGCCUUUGUAGAAAAUCUUGGAGAUGAAUGUGCAGCCAAUGUUGUCACAGAAAGUACAAACAGAGAUGACCAUUAUGUGCGAGUUUGUGCUGUCAAAUUUCUAUGCUGGUUGGAUGGAUCAAAUACAUUGCACAAGAUGUUUAUGGAAGACCUUGUCAUCAAACUACUUGAUAAAGAUGAAUUGGUGUCCAAAUCUAGAACACGCUAUUAUGUGAACUCUUUACAACACAGAAUUAAAAAUCGGCUGUGGCAAACACUGCUAGUUAUUUUUCCAAAACUUGAUCAGAAUUUUUUGACUGGGACUCUUGACAAGAUAUUUCAGGCUGGAUUUGGUAACAAUCAAGCAUCCAUAAAAUACUUAAUAGAAUGGAUUAUCAUCUUGAUUCUGCACAGAUACCCCCAGUGUCUUGAAAAUUUUUGGAAUUGUUUCUGCUAUGGUGAAGAAAAGCUUAAAACUAGCAUCUGUACAUUUUUAUCUGUGUUGUCUCACUUUGACAUUAUUCUUGAAAAUACCUCUGAGAAGAAGCCAAUUUUGAAGAAAGCCCUUCUUGUUGUUCUACAGUGGUGUUUCAACCACAAUUUCAGUGUUCGACUUUAUGCAUUAGUAGCCCUCAAGAAAAUCUGGGGCAUGUGCAAAGCAUUGUGUGUGGAAGAAUUUGAAGCUUUGACACCAGUUAUUGAAUCGAGUCUUCAUCAAGUGGAAAACAUGCAUGGUGCAGGGAAUGCUAGAAAGAAUUGGCAACGAAUCCAAGAUCAUUUCUUUUUUGCAACAUUUCAUCCCCUGAAGGAUUACAGUCUAGAGACAAUAUUUUACACCCUUCCACGCCUUUCAGAACUUGUUGAAGAUGAAUGGAUCCCACUCUGUAAAUUUACCAGAUAUACUGACAUUUCUUUGCCUGCAGCAUUUCAUUGGUUGCAUUCUCGAACUGAACUUCUUAAUCUAAAACCAAGUGACUGGUCUCAGCAAGAUAUGGGUUCAGAUUUAGUUGAAACGGAUAACCAAACAGAAUGGACAGAUGUUCAGAAAAAGAUCAUCCCUUGGAAAAACAGUAGUCCUGAUUUAGACCUGGAACUGGUAUUUCAGGACCGGGCAGCUAAACUUGGUAAAUCCAACAGUAGGUUGAUUGUAGUGGCCUCGCUUAUUGAUAAACCCACCAAUUUAGGAGGUUUGUGUCGUACAAGUGAAAUAUUUGGGGCAUCUGCUUUAGUUGUUGGCAGUCUUCAUUAUAUAAAUGAUAAGCAGUUUCAACAUCUCAGUGUUUCCGCGGAACAGUGGCUUCCUCUUGUCGAGGUGAAACCAUCUCAGCUUGUUAAUUAUUUACAGCAGAAGAAAACUGAAGGCUACACUAUCAUAGGUGUGGAGCAAACUGCUAAAAGUUCUGACUUGACCGAAUACUGCUUUCCAGAGAAAUCCUUGUUAUUGCUGGGAAAUGAACAUGAGGGAAUCCCAGCAAACCUGAUUCAGCAUCUGGAUGUUUGUGUGGAAAUUCCUCAGCAGGGUAUCAUUCGAUCACUGAAUGUUCAUGUAAGUGGAGCACUGCUGAUUUGGGAGUAUACAAGGCAACAACUGAUCAGGCAAAAACAACUGAAAUAACUGCAAGAGUCUUGUGCCUUAUUUGUAAUGCAGCUGGAUGGCUUUUUAUGGUGCUGUAAAAUAUGUUUUUAAACACAUGGAAUAAUUACAGACUCAGGGUGAAUGACGAUGUUUUUAAAUUUUGCAUGUCAUACAACGGUAUUAUGUAGUACAAAAAUUGUUUUUAAAUGCCUUAACGUGUAUUAUCUGAUCGUAUACAACUGUUUUAUUGGUAAUAAAUACUUAUUUGUAUAGUGCUUACAUGUGUGUGGAUCUCUUAUUGCAGUGGAAGCAACCAGAGUUAACGGACUCUUCUCCCCUCGAACACACAACUCACUGACAUUUAACUGUUUCAUACAGUGUACUUCAAAAUCUAGGGUUUUUACUAUAGCAGUCAUUCUGGUCACAACAGCUGUAGCUGAGGUUCAAAUGGUUUUAAUUUUAUCACCCAUACUCACUACUAACACCCUUGUGUAGUCUGUGGUAAGGUACUUUAAGUUUUCUGCAGCAUCUGGGUACACCAGACCUGAAAUUCUGCAGCUGUCUUAGGUGAAGUUAAAAACUGACAUUAAGUAUGAAAUAUCUAUUAUAUUAUUCCUUCGUGAUGGUCAUUUUCAUAUUAAAUUCAGUUUUUUACUCUCCCUCUAAAUUUUCAAUGUACUAAAAAUGUUAUCACUUCAAAAUCUGCAGAAGUGAAGCUGGAAGUUUUGGCAGAGGACCAGUUAGGGUCUUUUACAUCAGGAAAUGGGGAAGUGGUUUAGGAGUAUGGGAUAAAUCAGGUCUGUUAGUGAACAUUUUUAAAACACAGGUUUUAAACACCUAAACAAUGUUUGCUGAUCCCAGUAAACUCUAUGCUUGGUAAUUUAUCAGGGUGAAUUGUUCAGGUGUAGGGCCCUGUCCUAAUACCCAACAUUUUCUUAAGCCUUUUUCACUGACAAUUUGGAAAAUGCCGUUAUUAAAGCAGCUGCUAUUUUGCCUAAGGACUAUCUCACGUAAAACAAACCUUUACUGAAGUAAAUCCAUUGUGAAUAAUACAGGAGUUGGUUAUAUCAUUGCCACCAAAUUAUACAAACGGGGAUAUAAGAAAUCAUACCUGUAGCAUUGUAUUUUUCACAAAUACAGGGGGGAGGGAUAGCUCAGUGGUUUGAGCAUUGGCUUGCUAAACCCAGGGUUGUGAGCUCAA